CAAAAAUUCGGCCUAUUUAAAGUAAAUUCAACCUAUUUAAACUUAUAUAUUUCAUUUUACGCUUCUAGACCUUGGUAGUGCGUUUUCAUGGCGGCAGAGAAAGCAAGAGUUGUAUGCGUUACAGGUGCCGGAGGUUUUGUAGGGUCGUGGUUAGUAAAGCAUUUACUCUCCAAAGACUACACCGUUCAUGGCACCGUCAGAAACCCUAUGGAUGAGAAAUAUGGUCAUUUGAAGAAGCUGGAGAAAGCAUCUGAGAAGUUGAAGCUUUUUAAAGCAGACCUUUUGGAUUACGAGUCGAUUCGUGCAGCUAUUGUUGGAUGUGAUGGUGUGUUUCAUACUGCAAGUCCUGUUCCACCUACUUCUGUACCAGACCCUGAGGUAGAACUGAUUAAGCCAGCGGUUGAUGGUACACUCAACGUGCUUAAAGCAUGUUGUGAAGUGUAUGUUAAGAAAGUGGUGUAUGUGUCUUCUGUAGCCGCUGUUGCGAUCAUACCUAAUCGACCCCAGGAUCGACCAUUGGAUGAGACUUUUUGGUCUGACCAAGAAUUCUGCAGAUCAAAUAAUGAUUGGUAUUGUCUUUCUAAGACAAAAGCCGAAAGUGAGGCUUGGGAAUUCUCGAAAAAGAACGGUAUUGAUUUUUUGUCCGUGUGCCCAACUCUUAUUGUUGGGCCUAUGCUUCAGAAGACAGUAAAUGCUAGUAGCUUGGUUCUUAUUAAGCUUCUUAAAGAAGGAUAUGAAGAACUAGAGAAUAGGUCGCGGAUGAUUGUAGACGUGCGUGAUCUAGCGGAAGCACUAAUUUUAGUAUACGAGAAACCCGAGGCCAAUGGAAGAUACAUAUGCGUAUCUCAUCAGAUUAGGGCAAAGGAUCUAGUAGAAAUUUUGAAGAAGCAUUAUCCUGACUACAAGUAUCCAAAGAAAUUUAUCGAGUCGAAAGAUAAGUCUUCGGUUACUGCUCAGAAACUACAGGAUCUGGGUUGGAGUUACAGACCACUUGAAGAAACGCUUGUUGACUCGGUUGAGAAUUACGCCCAAAACGGUCUUCUUAGUAAGUAUUAGAUCUGGUCCUUUUCAUGAAGUUGGUUUGUACUUUUAUUCGUACUUGUAUUAUGAGUUCUGUAAUAAGUUAAACUUGUGUUGCUUUUGGCGUGGACCACGUGUGUGACUAAUGGCUCCGAGCGGGCUGGAGAAGGUCCACACAAUGUACUAUAUAACUAAUAAAGUUAAGUAUCUUCAUGUCUGUUGUGGCAUUGUAUCACUUGUAAGGAGAAUACUAGUGAGUACACAAAUACAAAUGACAAAAAGACUCAUGAUUACUUAGAUU